GGCCGGGGCUAUAAGUGGGCGGCGUGGGCAACGUCGUUCUGCUCCUCUUUCCCGAGGGUUCCGCCGUUAUACUCAGAGAAUCGUCUGGGCUGCGGUUUAACACUAAUCGGGAGCUGACUCUUCGGACUCCUGCACUACCCUCUGUUACAGCGAGCGGACCGCUCCUGGCCCUUCCUCCUGGAGUAUCCAGAGGCCUUCGAGAAGUGAAGACAGCUCUACUGCUCUACAGAGGAGUGGGGUCAUUUCAGCCAUGAAGCCUGUGUUGAACCUCUAUCUCUUAGGUGUGGUGCUGACCCUGCUCUCCAUCUUCGUUAGACUAAUGGAGUCCCUGGGAGGCAUACUGGAGAGCCCAUUGCCUAGGAGCUCCUGGACCACCAGAGGUCAACCAGCCAGCACAGAGCCCGAGGGCGUUCCAGACAAUCCAUCCAGAGGGGUGUGAUAAGACCUCUCUCCACCAGCUGUAAUCUUGGAACACUGGCCUAAACACAUCCAGGCAGUUGUCUAGUUGCUGGGCAGGAAAGCUCAGAACAUCAGUGUUACCAGAACUGUUAACAGGCUCUUGAAGGGCCUCUCCAUCUGGAUGUUCCUUGCCCUGGAAAAAGGGCCUAAUAUACAGGUGUGAAUGGAUUGCCUAUGACUGCAAUGGAAUGAUGUCACGCUCUCCCCAGGGUCUGCUGUACGCUCUGGUGUCCUUGGCAACAUGGCUCUGAUGCCUCUUAGAUAGGGACUUGCGCUUCAUAUUCAGCAGUUGGGAGAUGGUGUCGUUUUCAUCUCUGCGUUGUCAACAUCUGCCAAGAGUUCCUUGGGGCUUGGGUGUCUUGUGGUCAGUUUAUGUGGAGGUCAGCUUCUCUCCCAUGAGAGCUUGUCUGUGUGUGGACAGUAGUUGAAGUGUGGUGUAUGGGUUGGCUGUAGGGAGGGGGAUGAUGAAAUAGUCAAGUGUCCACCUCUCAUUGUUUCACAUGGUAAAGUACUUUCUCCAACACAGCAUGUAUGCAUGUAUAUUGAUCGGAAGGGGGCAGUGGGAUGACAAAGCCCGCUCAAGAUGCCAUUAUGGCCACCAUGUGGCUUAAAUGAAAUUUUCUAAUGAAAUAAAAAUUGAAU